AGCAGGACACCUCCCAGGGAGGGAGGGACUGCUAUACACUGAAAUCCCAAUAGGGCACGGGGGCUUGGAGAGAGUUUAGAAAGAGAGGGGCCGUGAGGCAGCCGACACCAUGUGUGGGAACAGUAAGUAAACUUUAACUGGACCCAUAACAUAAUAUGUGUGAUAGAACGUUAAACACUUUGGAAAGCUCAGUACCGUCACCCACUGCAGAUUUCAGUGGUAGCUAUUGCAUGUCUUAGAAUGAUGUACGUGCUCACUGGCAAUACACCUUUCUGCACUGCCCCCGGUACAGGCUGUCUAAAACGCAAAAUUGCCCCUGUACCUCGUUGGUAAAACCCCCGACCAGGUCACAUAUAUCAGAGGUCUUGGGGGUUAUUCAAAGUGCUUACUUAGCAUAGCACACAUAAUGCAGUUGAUUUUUGUUUCUACCACGGAAGAAAAUAUAUAUGGCAUUAAAUGCAAAAAAUAAUUUAUAUCAUCACCGAUUUUAAAAUAUAUCGCUUAGUACAUCACGGCAGCAUAUGUUGGCGCUUUAUAACUAUGAAACCGUGUCAGUGCUGAAGCUGCUGCAUAGGACUUGUUUAGUAUAUUUUAAUUCUUCUCUCUGACCUUUGACCACCUAGUGAUUACAGUUUGACAAAAUAAAAGAAACAUGUUGGAUUCCAUUAAAAAACAAACAAGCCUGGCAGCAAUUUGUAUGGCAAAUUAUAUAAAAUCUUGUUGUGAAACACCCUUACAGGGACUUGGCUUUUAGACACCUUAUAUUGUGAAGGAAAUCAUUUGUAUAAAAUAUGAUUCAUAAAGAGCAGAGAACUGGUUGUUCGAGUUUACAGAAGGCUCAGUGAUACUCUGCAGCCUGUGACAUUCACUUUGAUUUGCCUUCACUAAAGGAAUAGGUAGCUAUUCAGGGGUAAUGUCCUAUGCCCCCAUUAUCAAGUGAAAUCCCUUUAUCGGUCACCAAAGCUAUGUGUGGCCUCACUUAAAACAACAUUCUGUUAAUAAUUACAGCCUGUGUAUAUACUAACGUUGCAUCCCAUCCAGACCAUGAAAGGGAAAAGAUUGAUGCUUCCUACACAGUCAGUGCCAAAGCAUUAGCUAUAACCCCUCCCCCCAUUACCACUGGCCCUGGAGUGUUGGUCUGUCCACUCAGCAGUCUCCCAGUACCUCCCUCAUCAAUGGCAUAUCUCUUGCACUGACCUUUUAUUUAGUUAAUAGUUCUUUCCACCCCCACAUCUUUAUGCGAUUAUAUGCAUAGCCACAAUCUCCAUUCUUCACCAUUAUACUAAGUGCCCACUGGAAUUCAGCCUUUUCAACUACUUCUUAAUAUAUAGGAAUCUUUACAUCACCUCACCCAACACCAACAUCCCAAAAUACAGGCUGCUGUGGUUAUUUGUUGUAGGAAUGUCAGAGUUGGUCUACCUACCUUGUUUGUGUGUGUGUGUGUGUGUGUAUGUAUGUGUAUAUAUAUAUGUGUGUGUGUGUAUGUAUGUGUAUAUAUGUGUGUGAGUUUAUAUAUAUAUAUAUUUCAACACUAAAUUGGAGAUAAUUGAAAGCCAAACUGCAAAGAUUGCCCAAUUGCCGAUGUGACUAUGGAAGAGCUGGAUAUGUUUUUUUCAAAUCCAUUACUUUAGCCUAUAUUUUGACAUUUGGCUUUAAUGCACUACAGUUCAGUAUAUAGUGAAUAAACACUACUUUGUUUUAUCUUUUGCUUCUCUACAUCACUUUUAAUUGUAAACCUCAUUGAGGGACCAACAGCAUGCUUAUAUGCUGCACCGACUCUUAACUAGAACUAAAGAGAUGCAUUGCUGAGUUCUAAUACCUUUUUAAUUAAAGGGACACUCCAGGCACCCAGACCACUUCUGCCCAUUGGAGUGGUCUGGGUGCCAACUCACACUACCCUUAACCCUGCAAGUGUAAUUAUUGCAGUUUUUAUAAACUGCAAUAAUUACCUUGCAGGGUUAACUCCUCCUGUGUGCGGUGAGGAGCAGGAAGAAGGACCCCAGGGAGACCUCCAGCGCCGCUAAAAUCCCCAUAGGAAAGCAUUGAAAGCAUUUUCAAUACUUUCCUAUGGGGAGGUCUAAUGCAUGUGCGCGGCAUUGUUGCGCAUUAGGUCUCCCCCACCAGCGAGCGUCAUCUGUCUCCCCCGCCGGAUGACGUGGGGAUGGGGAGGAGCGUGGACGGACCAAGAAGCAGCGGCGAGGGACAUCGUCGCUGCCUCUGGUAAGUCCCCUUCAGCAACCGGGGAUGGGAGGUUGGAGGGAGAGGGGACCUGCAGUGCCAGGAAAACUGAUUGUUUUCCUGGCACUGGAGAGUCCCUUUAAUGGGACACUCCAAGCACCAUACACACGUAUGUUCUUUACAUUUGUGGUAGAAUGAACUUAUUGUCUUCUUUCAGCUACUACCACACCUAGCCAUACCUCCCUGGCUGAGAUUUACUCAGCAUCCUUACACACUUCCUGAUACACAAUCUACAUAUUGUAGCUUUCAUUAUUAGUGUGUUUAAUUUAGAAUGUCUAAUUUUUUGCUCUGUUAAUUGACUGCUGGAGCCUGAAGGAGACUUAUGUGUCUGAUGAGUUAAGGAACAUAAUAACAUUAGGAAUGCAAACAUGUCCCCCUACUAAUUUUGGUUUCUUCAAAACUGUAAUGUUUUAUAUUGCAGGAUUAAAUCUAAAAGGGCACCCGGACAACUUAAUUGCUAUGAAGUGGUUUGGGUGCCUUUAGUCCUUUAAAGGUCAUUAACAAAGCAGGAGAUAAGAUCAUCUAAAGCAAUCAAACUCAGUCUGGCAAAAAAAAAAAAAACCUUACAUUUUCAUAGAAACGUAGGUUUAUUUUAAAAAGUACAGUAUAAAAAAAACCCACAACACUACUAAAUCCCAGUCCCUCCCCCCCACUAAACCACAUCAAGCCCCUCUACCACCCUGUGCCAAAUCUGAUCCUCCCGCUGACACACACAUAUUCACUGACAAGCAGAAACACACAUACAGACACACUGACACACACAUACUCACUGACACACACACACACACACUCGCUGACAGGCAUACUCACCGACAGACACCUACAUACUCACUGACAGACACACACACAUAGACACACUGACAGACACAUACUUGCUGACAGACACACACACUCACUGACAGACAGACACACACACACACACACAGAGACACUUACACAUUCUUUUCUUUAUUGCUCCUUACCUUUUGGAGCCGAUGUGGGGCCUCUCCCUGGGGUCCUUCUUCCUGCUCCUCACUGCUCCCUCGCGCGGUUUAAUGAUGCCGGGUGCUGGAAUAUGAUGUCAUAGUCCGGCGCCCGGCUUCACUUCAGACGGCGUGCGCGAGGGAGCAGUGAGGAGCAGAAACACUGUGCUCCCUCGCUGCCACCAGAGACCUCUCCCCCGGCCGGGUAAAUGAGCAGAGUAGGCACCUGCAAUGUGGGGAGAGCAGGUGUCUACUGUGCUUAGAAAAUUAGACAUGUAUGCGUGGCUCACUGGGCCGCAAAGAUGGUCCUUGCGGGCCGCGAGUUUGACAUGCUUGAUCUAAAGUAAACCUAUUGUGCUGUAAGAUCUGAUUUGAAAAUUAAACCCCUUUUUAUUCAUGUAGGUUGUGUGAGUCACAGCUAGGGUGGGUGUGGCUAGAGCUGCAUAAACAGAAACAAAAGUGAUGUAAUUUUUAAACGGCAGAGAAUUAAGCAGUAAGACAUAAGGAGCAUAAUAUUUGCAUAAAAACUGCUGCAUUAAAGGAACCCUCCUCAUCCCAGCAUUAGGCCUUCCCCAUGGGAAAGCAUUAAUUCAGUGUUGUCUUAUGGGGAUUUUCAAGAUGCUGGACGUCCUAAUGCAAAGUGUGAAGACAUCCAGCGUAGUUUCUCUGAGUCAAAAUCCAUGUGAAUCGAGGAAGUGCCUCUAGAUGAUGUCUGUGAGACAGCUACUAAAAGCAGUCUUAACCUGUUAGUUUCUCUAAAAGUAGACAGGCACAAGGCACCCAGGGUACUUUACUGAGAUUAAGUUGUCUGGGUGCCUAUAGUGUCCCUGUAAGCUAGAGUUGUUUUGGAGCUUAGAGCGUUCCUUUAAACCAGGUUUUAGGCUCUGAAGUUACUGCUUGCUACCCAAACCCUAGUUAAUUUCUACAUCCAGUGUAGUAUUAUUGUGGCACGAGCUGCGGCCAUUUUUCAUGUCCUCCAGCAUCGCCACAGGCAACAAGUGCUAUGAUGCAAAUAUACCAGUACCUGCUGUCUAGUACUGUGCAGCACACUGAAGGGGGCCAGGCAGGAGACUGUACAAACUGGUGUGCAUAUCACCAGCUUCCCUGCCAGAGAGCAGGUAUACUGCAGCUUCAGCUUUACAUCAUCUACCCCAGUGUAAGCUUCAGAGGAAGGAGAGAGACUUUUAAUCAAAACCUUAUGUGUCGAAAGUUCUCCUGUCUACCUCAGGUCUGUAGUAAUACUGUUCCUGAGGAAGUGAGGAAAACUCUUGAAAACCUGUCUUCUAAAUAUUAUUAGUCCAAUAAAAAGGUUUCAUUGCAUACUGUAAUACUCUGGUUAUUGUGGCAUCUUACAAAUAAAUACUUUUAAGUAGUGGUUUUGUAAUCUGUAACUUCUAUUAAUUAAUGUUAUGGGGGAAAAUAUAUCAAAGCAAAAAAACGUGUUAUUUGGGGACAAGUGCUAAAUAAUGUGCAAUCACUGUGGAAACCAAUAAAAUGUCUUUAAAUAUUUAGCACUUUACAACCAUAAAAACAAUAUCUUUGAUAAAUAUCCCUAAUUGGCUCAAAUUGAGCAAAUUCUUACCUUUAAAACAGUAAUUCACUCCUUACAGUAUGUAUCAUUAGUUUGUACUGUUUGUGUAAACAUAAUUAUAAGCAAACCAGUGGAAAUAUAUUUUUAAUAUUUUAUUAAUAAUUGUUGUAUUAUGCACACAUAUAUGGUAUCAGGAGAAAGACAUAUCUAUCCUUAAAGGAUCACUAUAAUGUCAGGAAAUCAAAGCUGUUUUCCUGACACUAUAGUGCCCUGAGGGUCCCCCUCCCGUGGCGCUGAAGUGGUUAAAACCCCUUCGGCCACUUGCCUUAAUCCAGCGCCGGACUCCCUCGGCGCUGGUGACCUCUCCUCCCCGUCCAACGUCACUGGAGCCGAAUGCGCGGCUCCAGUGACACACGUGCAUUCAAAGUGUCCAUAUGAAAGCAUUCUUAUAUCUGCAGCAAUUGCCUAAACUUCAGCAUUGUUUAAAGUUGCCGAAAAUUGCUUAACACCAAUUACUUUGCAGUUGACUAACAGUUUGAGUAGCGACGUAAAUGUUGGCGCUGAUAUUAAUGCUAUGGUUUUUUUUAUGGGGUAUGGUUCUAAAAGCAAAACAAUGUUGGCAGGAUCCCAUCCUGACAACCAAGAAUUAUGUUUCUUUUAUUCUGUUUCUUUAAAACAAGUUCCAGUUCCAGUAGUGACCACUAGAACUGAACUUACCUUCAUCAUCCUCACCUGCAUGAACUGACCGCUUAUCCUACAAAAGGCUACGUCCUGCUCAAUACAGGAAGAUGGUCAACCAGAAAGACUUCUGUUCCCGGCUCCUGUAAACAUACCUACUUUAAUAACGUUCUGCUGAAACCCAACCUGAUCUACUUUACCAAGCUUAUAAAUUCCAACCUGAUCUUUGUUACCAACUUUCGUUACCAACCUACUUUAUUCCAACCUGAACUACUCUACAAUCCAGCUUUAUUACCAGCCUACUCCAUACCAACCUGAACUACGCUACUAACCUGCUUUAUACCUACCUGCAUAACACCAACCUGGACUUCGCUACUAACUAAUAUUGCAAGGUGUUAUGUGUUACUUGUAUUAUCAAUACUCCCUCCCAAACAGGUGUGAUUCUCUAAACAUCUAGUUUACUUGAAAUUCUGAAACCUUACUGUUCUGUUCUAUUUUACUUGUUUUUCUAUAUACCUUAUACUUUCAACUAUAGGUUUUUGCUACUAUCUAAUUAUAUCUUGGUAACAACCAAUCGGGGCAUAUUGCCUAAACCUCUAUUUCUAUUAUUUUACCUUCUACCUAUUUACCUAUAAUUUCAUUUAUAGGUUCACCUCUUAUCCAUUACCUAUAAUUUCGUUUAUAGGUUCUCCUUUUUUCCUUCCGCCUAUAAUCUUAUUUAUUGGAUUCCCUGCAACUUUACUAUGUCCAAACUCACCAAUAAAGAAUCUGAUGUUAACUAUGGCCAAAUUCUCUUAUCUGACCUGAUUAAGAUCAUGACAAAUGUCCGACAUCAUCACCCUAAGGCUUUAUUUUAUCAUCUUUGCCUUAAAUAUUAAAUGAACAAAUUACAAAGGAUUUAUCAUAAGUUAUCAAUAUAUAGAUAAUACUUUAAAAGAACACUCCUGAGCUCUUAUUCAACGCCAGUUUAUUGCUCUCAGCCAAUGAGCCAAGUCCUACACUGUCUGCCUCAGCUCAGAGAUGACAGCUUCUAGUCCAUAUAGAGGUAGGGAGCAGCAUCUGGCAGAAAACCGGGUAAGAAGUCAAACCAUUACCAAACAGUUUGAUUACUUACAAUAAACCACAAAAGCAUACACAAUGUGACAAAACAAAAAGUAAACUAUGCCUUUAUAGUGCAUACAGAAAAAAUUAUACUUAUGAACAAAAUUGUAUGAGGAUUUCAAGUAUAGAGCCUGAAACAAUAAAAAAUACAACAUAGUGUACACUGUGAAAACAUCCAGAUAUAAGGAUAAUUAUUGGUUACACUCACUGAUUGGAGAGCCGUACCAGGCUCUGUAUAAUGUGCCUAGAAAGGCAGAAGGAAACCACUUGUAGGUGACUCCAGUGGAGGGAUUUCCAAUGAGGCUUCAGGAACACCAGGAUCAAUUGAAAAUACAUUUAUUGGGACAAAUAUGUGAGAAUUAAAACCAAAAUACUAUCAACAUAGGUAAAGCUGAAAUAAUUUGAAAGUCCUUCAGAGAUCAGACGCGUUUCAACUGUCCUGCAGUUUUUCUCAAUGUCUCUAAUAAGUCAUGCGUGUUCUCUGUUUAAAUACCCAUCAAAUUAGUUUUUCAUUUGAUGCACCCGGAUUGAUUCCGAUCACUGUAGCGUCUGACAUAAUUUCCGGUCAAUAAAAUUAUAGUCACUUACAGUCGCAGUAUUCUGCAUCAUUUCCUUUACUACUUGGUUUGUAGCAUCUCAUAUUUACGAAACCGCCAUUUUAAGUAAGGGCAGUUUGCCCAAAUAAUGAACUAAACCGUACCAAUUAUGAGGUUAUAGUAGGUAAAGCAUCAUAUCACAAAAAGAAUAAAGCAAAAGAUGCAGUAGAACGUGUGACGAGUUACAUAGUACUGGGCAUACAAAUCCAAUAUAUAAGGUAUAUUGUGGCAGACUUAACGACCUAUUUUGUGUUUUUCCCCUCAUUUAGUUUGUUUUACCCUUUUUCCGUUGGGGAGUACUUCAUACAAACAGUAUCCAUUUGUCUCCCGAAUGAGGACCACCCCUGUACUCCAUUAGAACGUUCACACCAGCAACUUAAGUGCGAAACCACAAGGGAAGUAAUUAAUGAAUGCUACCCCUGGGUGGCCGCCAUUUCGUAUAACCGAAUGCACGUGGUCGACAAAAGAAUGGCGGCCAUCUUGUCUCCCGAACGUGGGCAGCGGUACUCGGUCGUCGAGUGCCUGGAACUCUUUUCGGCUAGCUACUCGCACGAACGCUGGUAAAACUUUGUCCGCUGCCUGUUCUAUUUCCCGACCACCUAUACGAAUGAUGUUCGGGAGAUAUGAACUACCGAACAGGGGGAGCAUUCGUAUCCAGAAAUGAAGAGAUUCCCUUGUAUGGUGUUCGCACAGGAACUCCACGAACAGAGACCGACCAGGACACCUAUUCUCUUUUGGGCUAGUGCCUCAUGUCUGGCCGUUCAAAAUUUAACCUUGAUGGCGUUCCCAUUCCACCGAACCGAUCUGAGAGAUCUUUGGGUAUGUUAUACACUCAGAUCGUGACUAUCGGGAGAUGUACUUUUUGUGGGGUUCCUGAGUAUGGGGGGUACACUUUUGGGGUACUGUAAUUUUGUAUGGAUUUUCUGUACCUGAGAGAUAAUUGAAUUAUAGUUUUUACUCACGCAAUUAUCUCUCAGGCCUAGAGGAUCUUGGGAUUGUAUUGGAGACCCCACGUAGGGGUCUGUGCAUAAAAGCUGUGUGUCGCCAGAAUAAAAGUUAGUUGACUCCCAGAACUGUGUGUCAUCCAGUUACUUGGGGAAUGGGCUAUAUCUACUAAACAGCGCUUCCCUUCCAGCUCCAGAUGAUUACAGCUGAGAUAUUCAGUCUCAGCAUUGCAGCUCCGUUACAGUUUACUUUGUCACAUUGUGUACGUUUUUGUGGUUUAUUAUUAAGGUAUAGGGAAAACACCCUCUGUGCAAUUCAUAAAAAGAAUUAAAAGCGCCACACAUCUGUCAUUACUUCACUUUGAUUACUUACAGUGCAAGGUAGGUGGGUGCUCUACACUAGGUGGACGAACAAACAAGUAGUUGCAAAAAGACAAGUUGGGUGGACAGGAACAGAAAGUGCUGGGGGCCCUGCUCAAAUGAGCUUACACUCUAGGGGGAGUGGAGUAAAAUUACAUAAGAGGUAAGGGUAGGAUGUAUUUCAUGUAUGGGGAAAGUUGGUUGCAAGAGGAGGUUACACUGAUGGUUUAGUUUUUUUUAGAUUACACUGUUGCAGGGGAGAAGUUGGGUUAGUGAGGUGUGGGGAGGGAAAGCUGUUCACAGUUUAAUUUAUAUGCCCUAUUUAAGAAGUGAUUUAUCAGUGAUACAGCCAACAGUGCAGCCCUAGAGAAGUCUUGAAGGCGAGAGUCAGAGGUGCUAGUACUAACAAAGCAUAGGUCUAUCCCCCAUAUUACUGUACUUAUACCACUUAUCACAGUCCCAGUCCCCCUCAUUACUGCCUCAUGCCUCCUAUCACAGCCCCUAUCCACCAGUUCUGCACCAUUUCCACAUCACAACCCAACAGUUUGCCUGAUUCAUGAUCCAAGCUACUGAACUCUCGCUGCAAUACAGUGGUGUAUUUUGGAUAUGUGCUGCCCUAGGCAGGACAAAACUCAGGCACACCCUCCCCCAUCUAAAUUUGCCCCGCCCCUACCUGUUUAAGACGAACACUGAGUUUGACUGACAGACACACACUGACACACCCAUUGACUGACAGGCACACACUCUCAUAUACACAGUGACAAACAUUUACUGAUAUACAGGACCUAACUCGGGCACCCCCUCCCCCAUCUAAAUUUGCCCCGCCCCUACCUGUUUAAGACGAACACGAAGUUUAACAGACAGAUACACAGUGACAUAGAUUCACUGGCAGACACACACAUCCACUGACAGACACACUCACUAACAUAUACACUUACUCACAGAGAGUGACAGAAACACUCACUCGGACACACAGUGACAGACAUGCACACAUACACUGACACACACAUAUUUACUGACAGACACUUAGAGGACCACGCUCCCUCGCACUCCCCUCUGCCAAGGCGCUUAAUGGGUGGCUUUUUUUUUUUUUUUUGCUGCCCAAGGCAAGUGCCUUGUUAGCCUCGUGGGAAAUACACCACUGCUGUAAUAGAGAAAUAAAAUGCUUAGUGGCAGAGAUCGGUGCCACUAACAUCAUUGUGUCAGAAACUGCCCCAGCCUUCUGUUGGUCACAACAUAGCAGUUCAGGACAAAUAUCUGAUAGCACAGAUCUCUCUUGCACAUGUCCCUUGUAUUUGAUGACUAAUGGGAUACGUUGUUAUCCCCCUUUUCUUACCACUUUAAAAAACUAGAUUUGCUCUUUGGCUUAUUUUUCUUCUUCUUCACAUGGACAGUGCUCCAUUCUUAUGACCAAAAUUGAUGGUUGUUAUGGUUAGGCCUAUCUGGGAGUACAGGGGUUUAUAGAGCAUAUGUUGACUGUUUGUUCCAAGUUCUGCUUUACCCAUAGCAAAUUGUUUUGCUAUUACAGUAAAGUCUGUAAUAGAGAUGUCAUAUUGUCCACUUAUAACUUGAGCUAAGAGUAAAAUACAUGGUGCACAGGAAACUUGCACAGUUUCAAUCCAAUUUUUGUUGCACGAAAAACUCAAUUCAGGAUCAUCAAAACUACAAAGGCAAUAUGUUUCUCACAAUUUCCAUAUGUUUCUUGCAUCCAAUGUCCAUUCUCUGAGUAGUUCUUUAACAAUCUAUAUGUUUUAGUUUGUUUACAUUCAGAAAACACUGAUGCCCAGCAUUUUCUCUGUAGAAAAAAAUAAAUAUAUAGUGAAAAGCCAAGACAAUAUACACAAUAUCUUCUACAGUUCAGAGCUUUUGGUGAUGUAAAGAAUGAUUUGCCAGAGAACCUAUUUGUAAUUACAUUUCUGCUCAAAAGGUGCACCAUGGUUUACAAUUUAUAGAAAUAUGUUAAUUUUUCAUGGAUCCCUAUUCUGUUUAUAUUCAUGGAUAUCAUCAAGAUUUGCUGAGACGAGCAACAUGCUUAACGAAAGAGAAACUGUCUGCAGCAAGGGAUUACAAAUCAAUAAAAUAUAUCUAAUAUAUUUUGUUUUAUAACUUGCAAUAACAUAGGACAACAUUACACUAUGGUGCAUUUAAAAAAGCAAAAUAAAGACACCUAAUCUCAUUAAUGUAUUUGUCUAAUUCCAUUUGAUUUUCCCUCCUUAUCCAACAGAGGAGCUGGACUCACCCCCAUUUGGAAAGAUUCUAAUGAAAUUAGGUCUGGCCCUGAUUGUGGUUGGACACCUCAAUUUUAUAUUUGGAGCCAUUGUGCACGGCUUAGUCCUGAGACAUGUAUCACAGAUGAAGGACAAUGAAUCAUGGCAUUAUUCCAUAGCCAACAUUACUGCUGUAGCUUCUGCUAUCUUGGUAAGUGUUUAUGUAUAGUAACAAAUAAAACUCAUAUAUUUGCUUCUACAUAUAUCUGUAGAUCACAGGCUUACAGACUCUCAUUAUACCCUCGACUUACCUAAAUAGGGUGCUUUAGGCUUGGCUGGCAGUUAACACUUCUAAGUGUCUGGGUGAUAAAUGGCAACAUUUUCAUUAACCAACGCUGGUUUAGAGCUCCAAAACUUGUAUUGGCUAACACAGUCCCUUUAAUGUCUAUUUUGGAGCUCUGCUAUUUAUUGGCAAAGCUGUAACCAUAGCAUUUCAUGGAUGGUAAAAUAUGCUGCCUUUUGCAGAAAUGGGCCAUGUAUGUAAGUAAAUUAUUAUUCAUAAAGCGCCAACAAAUUCCAAAACACUGUAAAUAUAAACAGGGUUAUUUACUAAAGUAGCAAUCCAUGGUAAAUGCAAAGUGAAUUUCAAAUUUAAGGUAAAAAUAGCUGUACUGGAAAAGUUCUCUAAUUCAGUUUGCUGUCAAUUGAACUACUCUGGCCUUGAAUUUGAAACACACUUUAAAUAUUCACUCUAGCAAAUAACCCUGAUAGAGUGAUAUAAAUGCCUGCAUCCCAAUAUCAUGUUCUCUUCUUUCAAGAUCUUGCUGAGGCCAUAUUUAUGAUCUCUUACUACAGUGCGAUUUGUGUAUGAAAUCUAAUCUCUCAAUUCAGUAUUCAUUUUAGUUUGCCACCAUGUUAUUUCUGUAUGAUGGGUGCACUUGAUUUAUUUAUCUGUUGUAUUAUAUUUUUCUUCUUGUCCCUCAGAGCAUCUCUUGUGGGAUUGUGGCAAUUGUCUUUUCUCGGUACCUUGAACGUACAUCUUUGGUAAGAAUUGGUUUAUAUCUCCUGAACAGAGACAUUCAGACAUUUCUUAAGCUCCUUUGCCUUACAGUUUUGAUGUGUGUUAAAAAUGUAUUGUGACUGUAUGUCUUGUUUUGCAGCGCUGGGCAGUGUUGAUUCUCAGCAUAUUGAAUGCAGUGCUAUCUGUUGCCUGCACUGUGGGUACUGCUGUUUCUGUUAUAAUCACCAUAGCGAACCAGGGUCGCACAUUGUUAUCUUCUUGCACAUUCACCGACCUGGAACUCAUUCAAAUCUCGCACGAAUGUCCUUUCGACCCAACAAGAAUCUAUGUAAGUUUUAAUAGACGGCUGUUAUCCUAAUAUACACACAAAUAUAAGUGUGAAUCUUCUCAUAGUCGUAGCAGAGAACAUUGAGGUAUCUUGAGUUAAUUAUGCAAUUUCACUACCUGUAUAGAGGAAUGUACCACUUUUACAACCUCUGACUUCCUUCUCUGUCUUGGAUUCUCUGAUCGUUCAGAAUAUGUUGUAUGCAAGAGUGUUAUUCAGAGUUACACAGCAAUAAAACACACAGUAAUAUGAAGGGUAAAUUAAUUAUAUUGCAUCACCAAGAUAAAAUACAUACCAUUGUGCUUUGUAUAGAAAUGAGGGAGCUUCACAGCAAAAUAAAUCCAAGUAGUGUGCAGUGUUUUAAUGAUUCACAGAGCUCUACAGCAGUAAACCAGUAAUGUCCUGUAUCACAGAGCACCUCAAGAGUAAAACUCACAGUAAGGUGCAGUGUAUUACUGUAUCACAAGCUUACAAUCUAUAAAUUAGUAUUGUGCUGUAUCUGAGGGUAUAACAAAGCUCCACAACCUGAAUCACACGGUUCUACAGCAUAUAAAAACCCAAGUUAAUUGUGUAUGUAAAUCCACACAUUUAAAACUACUGUCCAGUUACCAAAAAUGGUGUUGGUAUGUGGAGACAGAUCAUAUCAUGCAGAUAAUAUUGCUUAUCUCUACAUCUGCUUUACAUGUAGGGUAGAGAUGAAAUUUUAAUUUAAGGACACUGCUGAGGUUACUACUUAUCUACUCUCACUCUGUUUUUGUAGAGCACAUCUUUAUGUCUCUGGGUAAUCUCUCUCUUACUGGAUGCGACAGAGGUUUAUUUUAGCACAAGGUGCUUUUUCACUGUCCUUCAGCUAAUGGAUGUCCGACUGUGUCGUAAACGGAGGCGGAGGAAGGUGAGUGUCUAGAAGAUAUGAAUAGCUGAGCUUUUCACCUUUAUACCAAUCCCAUGUGGCCGCUAAGGGAGAAACUUUUUCACGCAAUAUUCUUAAUGUCAUUUAAAAAAAACCCAGUAGAUAAAACACCGGCUUAUCAAAAGUAAAAUUUCACAUCGUCAAACUAAAGUAUAAUUUAAUGUCCAUUUGUGUCCUUACAUUUUCCAUUCUCAUUGUUCUUAGGUCAAGAUCCAAAUUCCAAAGAUGGAAGAAGGUGUUAAUGCAGAACAAGAGGAGCUAAAUGCAGAUGAAGGGUAUAGUGUAUUGUGACCAUGUGACACAAUGACACACAGUUUUGGACAUGUGUGGAAUCAUUCUACGAGUGAUUUUGGACAUCAUUCAUUUGUUGUUGAGUGAUCUAUAAGUGUUCUACUAGGAGACGUGAACUCCAAACACAGGGUACUUAUUAUGGGCAAAAUAGUGUUCUGCUGAUGUAUAUGAUGUACAAUGAGCCUUUUUGUCUGUAUGUGUGUGUGUAUAUAUAUACCUCUGCUUACUUGAGACUACAUUGUCCGAUUGAGAAUCCAUCUUGCUCACCAUAAAACCCAACCACCUCCUCAAAACCCUACAGGUUUUAUUCUGUACUACAGUUCUUGCACAGCCAACCUUAAACCCUACUGCCCACAUCUGAAAGCUGUAUCUAAGUUAAAAUUGCUCUACUCGCUUUAGUUCCCUCAAGACAUCCUCUUGCUGUCUGUUCACUUCAGACCAUUUUGAUCAUUUUUAGAUGCCUCUGCCAAAUUCCGAGUAUAUUUACAAUUGUCAUGGAAUUGUAGCUUCUAUGGUACAUGGUUCUGUUGUCAUUAAUAUUACUGGUCAGGCAAUUCCACUGUAUAUUUGCAUAGAAUUUUGCAGUUAGCUGGAAACUGCUUUGUUUACAGUUGCCAUGGAAAUAUUUUCUCUUAACUACAGCAUUUUUAUAUAAUAAAAAGAUGUUAUAUAUGUUUAUGAAAUUACUGCAUGUGGAAAUAAGGCUUGUAAUUACUCUUCAGGUACUUAAAAGUAUUUUAUGUUUUGUUACACUACAAAAUACAUUGGGGUUUGGAUUAAUCAUGCUUGUGGUGGAAAACAAGAUGUGUUUGUUAGGAUUAGGUCUGCUAUUUCAUCCCUCUACCCUGAAACGCCAAGAAACUAAUCAUAUGAAGCUUUUGAGAAUUGUUUGAAAAACACUAAAUUUUGGGAUAUACACUCUACUCUGACAGGUUUUUUGACAUUACCCAUUGGCUCCGCACUGGCUCAUCAGUAUCUGGGUGGCCUGAAAGACAUAUUGUCCUGUCUUAUAGAGCUAUUAUUGUAACAGUAUCAGCAGGUGGACUCUUUUUAAAGUGAUGGCUGUUUCCCAAAUAUGUUCAUCUAUAGCAGUGGUUCCCAACCCAGUCCUCAAGUACCCCCUAACAGUCCAUGAUUUAGGGAUUACCCAGCUGUGUUUAAGGUGUUUUUAGAAAAAGAAAUAAAAAUUAUUUUAGACACAACAGGGUAAUCCCUAAAUCCUUGACUGGUACGGGGUAAUUGAGGACUGGGUUGGGAACCCCUGAUCUAUAGGACUGUGGUGUUGAACAAAGAAUGGAAUCUCAUGAUUCCUGAGGUUGAGUACAUUUGGUUAAAGGGACACCGUAGGCACUGUAUCUGCUUCAUCUCAUUAAACUGGUUAUAGUGUAUGGAGUCCCCUGGUGCCAUCAUUUCUUUCAGCAUUAAACAGUUUUUAAUGUUGUAAUGUUUUAAUGCUAAACAAGAGACCACGGCAGUCCAUCUCCUCUGUGCUGCUUUGGCUAAUAAGGAAGUAUUACCCUGAGCAGCAAUGGGCAGCUGUGAUUGGCUGAGAGUGUCAGCUGACUGCUUUUAACCUGUCAGAGCUCCAACUGACGGUAUGAAUGGGUAUGACAACAAGGAAGUGUGUAAUCUCUGCCUUAGCUACACAUACAGAAGGGGCCGGACUGUGGGUGGCCAGGGACUCUUAUUUUGUGGCAUAAUGCACAAACAUGGUGCAACACUAAAUGGAGGGACAGUGCCAGGCCAAUUCAAAGAGACAAAGUGGUUAUAGUGACUACAGUGUCCCUUUAAGGAGGUACAGCCUAACAAAUCAAGUGGAAGAGUCACAUUCCGGGGGUUGAAGAGUCUCUCAUCUCACCAUCAUUAAAACACACCACUGAAUAGUACAGUACCAUCCUCUGAAAAUAUUGAAUGAAAAGCAUUUUAUGUAAACUGUAAAAUCCCAUUAAUCAAAUGUACAUAGGACACUGAGGUAAAGACAAAGAAACAUUAAACUGACCUUGUCACCAACUAUGUUGCACAUUCUGCUAGUACAGGCAGGGAAAAAUGGAGGGUAGGCUGUAUAAAACCGUAUUCCACUUCCCCCCGAUCCAUAGACUUCUUGCUGUUUCUGUCACUUUUCCUCUCACAUCAUUACUUAUAUUCUUGAAAGACGAAAAAAAUGCGUUGCAUAAAAGGCUGACCUUAUUGGUCUCUUCCUGCUUGUACAUAUUAAAUAUACAUUAAAUUCAGUGCUCGUUGUAAUAGAAUAUCCCUUUGUCACCAACUGACAUGUAAGGAGUGGUUACAAAGCAUUCCAGGAACUUAAAC